AUGGACACGAUCAAAAUCCCAUCUCCUUCCACGAUCCUAGACUCGCCAGACCCCCUCCCGGUGUCCACGCGAGCAAAUCCUGCUUCGCCUCCCAAAAGGUCAAAGCAGAUCGCCUCGGCCUCCCACAAACCAAAACAGACCAAGAGUCGCAAUGGUUGCAUCACAUGUAAGGCAAAGCGGCUCAAGUGCGACGAGACCAAGCCCACUUGUCACCAGUGUCACCGGCGAAAGGUUCCCUGUGGUGGAUACAAAAAGGAUUUCAAAUGGCGGCCCUUUGAGGAGACCAAUCUGGCGGUCGGACGGCCGACCGCGACAAAGGGUAAGAAAGAUGUCGGACAGGGUGGUGUGACUUCUUCACAGCCUCCCGGUUCGGUCGCGAAUCAAGACAACUUUCCCACGCCUCCGACAACCGACCAACCAGCCUCGCCUAUUGUUCCACCAUCCAUCUCUUUCAAUAACUCCCCCCAGAAGACCCAUUCGGUAGAUGACUUUGGCGUUCUUCCGGAUGAAGGAUCCACGGGUGACGAGAGCACCCCGAUCGGUGGUGUCUCGAUGCCAGUGGACUCUGAUCCAUUGGACUUUCUUUCCUUUCUUGAACCAUUUCAACACUCGGUGCCUUUCUCUGAUGACUUGUCAUCGGACCAAGACAUGGGUCGUUCGGGUCCGAUCAACUUUGGUUCCCAAGAAUUUCAACCUGCACCUGGCACUGGUAAUGACGAGCUAAGUUUCUCUCGAUUACUAGAGGAUGAUAGUGAAGAUAUCGAGGAGAUCAUCCGACAGUCCGACCCCGGCGCAGGGACUUGGAACUUGAACUUCUCAAGGCAGAAUGACAGUCCCUUCAGUUUAUCACGACUCCCCAGCCAGCCUUCCCUGGCCCCGGAAAGUCAAGAGAUGCUUACAAUGCGAUUCGACAAAUUGACCUGUGGAAUAUUAUCUAUCAAAGAUGGCAGGAUGGAAAACCCAUGGCGAACUCUCAUCUGGCCACUUGCAAAAAGUACUCCCGCCUUGCACCAUGCCAUCCUCGCUUUAUCUGCCUUCCACGCUGCCAAAGAGAACCCAUCCCUGCGUGUCCAGGGAGUCAAACACAUGCGACAGAGCAUUGUAUGCCUACGCCAGCAAAUCCAGAGCAUGCGAGCGGAUACGGCAUUGGCGACUAGCCUGGCCCUGGCGUUUGCUGACACCUGGGACCAGAAUACUCGCACGUGCAUCCAGCAUCUGCGAGGGGCCAAGGCCUUAAUGUUGCAGGUUCUUAAUGCGGGGCUUCAGGGUGGUCUUCAGCCAGGAGAAUUGGAUCGUAUCCGAUUUCUGUAUAACACGUGGACCUACAUGGAUGUCAUUGCGCGGCUGACGUCGUUGGAUGAGUCAGGUCCUCAGGAUUUGAAUCCUUCCAUUUUCCAGUUGCCUACUGAUGCAGUGCAUGAGAUUGACCCGUUGAUGGGAUGUGCUGCGACACUGUUCCCACUAAUUGGUAAAGUUGGACGGCUAGUACAACGCGUCCGGAAAAUCUCCACCAACUCGUUGUCCAUCGUCUCUCAGGCCAUGGAGCUCAAGGCUCUCGUGGAACAGUGGGAGCCCCCGCGCUGGUUUGAACCACCGGAGGAUCCUACCUCGGAGGUACAGCACAGUAUCCAGAUGGCUCACGCAUAUCGCUGGGCAACAUUGCUGUAUCUGCAUCAAGCGGUCCCAGAGCUGCCGUCCGAGCCGGCUGAAGAACUCGCCAAGCGUGUUUUGAUCCUGUUGGCGACCGUGCCCCCUAGCUCCCGCACAACUAUCAUACAGAUGUUCCCUCUUCUAGCCGCCGGUGCCGAAGUCGACUCAGAUGAUGACCGCAAAUGGGUGCUGGAACGAUGGGCGGUUGUCCAGUCACGCCUUAUGAUUGGCGGUGUCGAUCGCUGUCUGGAUGUCAUUCGGGAAGUCUGGGCUCGACGGGACAAGCUCAAGGCCGAACAACGGGAACAGCAGCAGCAAGAGAUGUUUACUUCUCGGCGAGCGGGGUCAUUCUCCAGUGAUAGUAAAGGAAAACUCAAUUCUUCAUUGCGAGGAUCUGUCAAUACCGGCAGAGGUUUCCAUGAACGUGUCAAUUCGGGGGACCACUCUGACCGAUCGAUGCGAAGACAGUCAACAUCUACAGCAAGCAAGAGUGGCCAGUCAAGAAGGGGGUCUGCUCUCUCUUCGUUGGAAAAUAUCGAGUUUGAGAGAACUGUUCGAAGCAGAUUGCAUUGGGUCAACAUUAUGGGGGAAUGGGGAUGGGAAGUUUUUCUUGGUUGAUAUGAUACCUCCUGGUCAAUUAUGACAUGG